GUGGCCAAAGCAUGAAGAUAUCAAAAGGGACUACCACAACAAAGAAAGCUAAUAAACAACAAUGCAGUACGCCAAAUAGCUUGGAUGCCAACUCGAUAGAUGUUGGCACUGUAGUAUUUUUGAAGAGUUUGGAAAAUCCAAACAAAAAUGUUGCUCUUGCUACACUCCAAAGUAGCGACCCAGAAUAUACAGUGGAAGGUGUUAGACUUGGAAAUCAAUUCUGGGCAGUGCGCAUUGAUGCUACAUUAGCAAAAUCCGAUGAGUUGAUCCGACCACUCAAAAAGGUCAAGAUUAUUGGUCAUGCAGCGGGAUUAAUCAUCGCAUGGCCUUCAACCUUUAUAUCGAAGAUAAAUUGAUGAUGCAUGGUUGAGAUGUUGAUGGCAAGAUGAAGACUGCUACUACUACUGGAUAGCUUACAUUAGUUUUAAUAAGUAAUUUAAUCGUCAAUGUUGGGAAGGGAACAUUAUAUUUGUAAUAGUGCAAG